AUGUCUAAAUACAAUUUGGGAGACACAAUCAGAAAUCUUGAAGCUAUCUUUUACAAUAUGUUCUGCGGUAUCAUAGUGAUCAUCACAUACAUUUUGAGUGGUUCACGAAUGCAGUUGCUACAGACUAUAUUAGAAGUUUCUUCUAAGCUAUCCUUGGAAUCGUAUCAAAAGCUAUCCAGAUUAGUUCACGCGAAGGAUAUCUUAAGUAUUAUCUUCUUAAUUGUGCAAACAACUCUAUUUCUAUAUGGGGCCUGUUUCAAAAGUAUUAAUGACAAUUUGGCGUAUAUGCAAAUUCUCAUGACAAACGAUACACAACCUCGCGGUUCCAGUUCAAUUUGCCAUAUGCCGAGAAAUCAAUUUUUGCUAACCGAAUUGAAGAUCCUGAUGAAAUGGCACCUGAUGGUUAGCAACACUGUAAAAACGCUGAAUAUAAUCUUCAGUUUGCAAAUCCUUGCUAUUAUAAUUAUGUCCAUUUGUAACGUCACUUUUCAAGUGUAUUUCCGUGUAGUAAGAUGGAAAGAUGGAAUAUAUAUUAACUUUGAUAUAUACUUCGUCGACGCCCUUUUAACGGCAAUAGGAUAUUACGUUAUAAAUAUUAUAUUACUUAUGUGGGCCUGCGAGACUGUCAAGAAUCAAGCUCAAGAGAUCAGCACCACCGUUCACGACGCACUCAACAGUACCAAUAAUGAGCAGAUUAAGAAAGAGUUGCAACUAUUUUCUUUACAAAUACUGCAUCACGAAAAUAUAUUUUCGGUAAAGAGCCUCACUGUGGACGCAAAGCUUCUCGCAGCAAUGGCGGGAAACAUUACUACGCACUUAUUAAUUUUGAUACAAUUUCUAAAUGCGUCGCAUUCUUGCGAUACAAGGACAAUUAAUAAUAAUUAAAAAAGAUACACAGUAUUAUAUAAUGUGCAGAAAUGUGUACUGAUAUACAACUAACAAAGAAUAUUAAAUUGACAUUGUGUGAUCGUGCAAAAGAUGUCAA